UUAGGACCUUUUAAGUUAUCCUAAAAGUUUCCCCAUAGUAAUUAUCGAUUUCAGGCAAGGUUAUAUCUUGAUUGUUACUUCCGUUUGUGAACUAAAGUUUUUCAAACACAUAACUGGUUUGAUUGAGCUCGUGGAUGGAUUUAUACUAGUAAAUACAAAGAAAAGCAAAAUGAAACAAUUUUUUGUCGUUAUUUCGGUGGUUGCCGUGGCUUCUGCAUCCUUUAUUCCCAAGCGAGAACAAGGAAAUGCCUCGCCUGCAGCGCAGUAUGAUGCAGUAUUAGCGGGAAAUGCUAUUGGUCAACAAUUUCUCAAUAUGCUCGCUGGAUUUAAGCAAGCACCAGCCCCAGCUCCAUUGAACGUUGUCCAAACUAGGGAACUCGUUCAACAGCGCGAUUUGUUGACGAAUCUGAUUGCAUCCGCCCUGGGAGUUGAGGCGGCAACCGUGGAAAGUCUGAUGGCGACUUUGAAAAAAUUGAUGGAAUUCUAUACGAUGGCCGAACCGUUAAUUGAAGCCAUUAACUUUCCGGGAUUAUUCGCUGGAUUCCUGCAAGCUAUCCUUAAUCAUGACAUCACUCAGUGGCUGAUCUACGAAGUGGCCCCAGCCACCCUCCCACCGGAAGCCAUUACGUCCCUGAACAACGUUCUUGGAGCAUAUUUUGGUCCCAGACCACCUGUUGCCCGCUCAGCUGUUGACCCGGAAGCCGUUCACAAUCUGCUUAAAUCUAUACAGUUUCCUCUGUAAAGCGGUGCCUUGGUUAAGAAAACCCACAUCUGGGAGUACAGUACAUUGUGUACAACAGUAACAACACGCUUUUAUACAGAUAAUUAUGUUAUUGAUGUGGGAAUAUUUUUCUACGAGCUCAUUGUUAAUGUUCUGAUUCAUAUAUAAACUGGUGUGCCUGUGAAAAAAUCGGUUAAUUACACAUUUAUGAGUUUUACCGCCAACAAUAGGAGAACUAGUAAUAUAAAUAU